GCUCCUGUAGUUGUAACAAAAGAACAAGGUAUGACUGUCGCAUGUCAACAAGUCGGCAGCGCUCCUAGUUUAGAACACACUACGACGACCUCCGUUGACGUCGCUAGCACUUGCAUAUCUUCGAUAACAGUGGCCACGACUUCGACCAGCAGCAACAGCACCGCUGCAAACGAUCCGCCUUCUGACAGGAUAGUUCGUUCAGCUUGGAACGCCUCAUCCGCUGUUGUCGAACUAAAUCCCACUAGCAUUCCGAACACCCCUCUCACAAACAGCCCGGAGGCUCCUCAAGUUGAUGUACCCUCUGUAACGAUCAUGACAAACUCGGA